AACUCAGCACAUCCAGAUACCCCAGAACCCACAGAUCGCAUCAGCACAGGCAGCAUCUUCAAAAACUACAGCAAAAGUCGCCAUGGGUAAUAUAUUCUCCUGGUUCGUUCGGCACCUUCUUGUCCACGACCACCCUCCUCCGCCCAUCCUUCAGCUACCAGUGGAAAUCCUGCUCGAGAUCACUGCCUAUCUUGAGCCGCACCCAGUAUCAUUGGGAUCCCUUACUCUGACCUGCAGAGCCUUCUACAGGCUUCUCCAGCACUGCCUUCACGAAAGGCACGACGAAAUUACGCAGGGGCUGCUCGCUCUACUGGAGAAGGACCUAGGCCACAAAUACUACCAUUGUACGGGAUGCCGGAAGUUGCAUACUUUUGACCCAUAUUUGACCGAUGGGCUCACCGCGUGGCAAUAUCAUCCGCCUGCGACCAAGAGUCGAAACUGCUGCCGCGACCUUCGGGGGUUUAGUCCCAACUACGGGUCUGCUCAAAUCUUGGACCGUGUCAUUGCGCGUCUCGUCACAAAUCGACAUCUGUACGGGGCACCAAACGGCCUACGUCUGACCGUUCUCAGAACCCCUGGAUGGGCGUGGAGCUGGGAAGGCGGCCCAUUGUGGCUACAGAGCUCAGACGGAAGGAUAGUCGACGGCGAACUGAUUCUGCGGACAAAGCACGAGUUGCAAGGCCGGGGCCACAGCGUACGAGAAGCAAUCAACGAGGGCCGAUAUCGCCUGUGCCACCACGUGAUGACGGACCCCUUGGAUCUGGUCUACCCGCGGAGAAACAGUCUGCAGCAUGUUCCCGAGCUUGCGGAUAUUGAUGUUCUCAAAACAUGCGAGAAUGGCUCAGGUUCGUGCAACGUUUGUUUAAUGGACUACACAAUCACUAUUCGACAAGCCGAAGCGCGAGAGCCAAUGUAUUCAACAACUGCCCCGGGAGCUGUGUACUACAGAGUCGUUCCGAAUGGUUGGCAAGUGACCAUGGUGUCCUACCACCUCCUCGGAGAAUGCCGUGAUGAGGACGAUUGGAAGUGGAAAGCAUCUGUGGGAAGUGGCAAGUACAGUGAUCCAAUUUGCAAAGGCAAUGAACGUGACUUGGAUGCCUUUCCUCCGGGCCAAGUCAAGAGAAUGUGGGACAGUCUGAACCAAGCGACUUUAUGAUAGUCAAGUGCCCACAGCAUGGGGUAACUAAGCACCCUGCCUACAAGCAUUUUCACUUCAAAGGGGAUGAUAUUUUCUUUGAUGCCUGGAUUGUUCACAGGCUCAAACAGCCCUUUAGCAAAGAUCAGCCACAUUGUCAAACAGCCAGCCCUUGGCAGCCAACGACGAGGUACACUCCUGUCGAUUACCGUAUCACAACAACCUUAACAUCGCUCCACGACGAAGGCGUCUUGCCUAAACAACAGCACGUCUCUUUGCAGGUGAAGAGACGUGGGUGUCCUAGCCACCAAACCUGGGGUCUCCUGUCUUCUCCUGUGUAGAGUGUCAGCGGUAUCGCACCCGACACGUGCAGUCGACAUACCUGAGGCUCCCCCUUGUUACCA